GACCGAACAAGCACCAAUAUUAUUAAAGUAUAUUACAAAGCCAUUACUAAAGGACAAGAAAAGCAGACGUUUCAUGUCUCAGACAUCAUGGUCCUUCUAUCUUAAUCUUUUCCAUUUUCUCUCUCUGUAAAAUCCAAAUCCCAUAGAUCUUUAUGCACUUGCAUUCCUCACUCACAGCAUGGAGAUCACGAUUAUAUCAGCCGAAAAUCUUUGCAUGAACGGAAAACCAAUAAGAAAAGACACAUACGUUGUUGUUCACACGCAAUCAUGCACCAAAUUCUUCACAACCAGGACAGAAGAAGAGGGUGGGAGCAACAACCCAUCAUGGAACGAGAAGUUCUUGGUUGAUGGAGCCAACUGCAUCACGUUAGAGGUGCAAUGCAAGACAUGGCUGGGUGUUAAAAGUGUGGGAGCAGCACGAAUAGCAGUUUCUGAGUUUGACCUUGGAGGGUUUGUUUCAGAAAAUAGCUUCCAGUUGUUGAGUUAUAGGCUUUGGGAUGAGAAGGGUAACAGAAAUGGGGUCAUCAAUUUCUCAGUGAGGGUGGUGAAGGCACCACAGGAGCGUGAAUCUUCGUGUUCAAUGGUGGAGAUUGAAAAGAAUUCGAGAGGGUUUGGGAAACAAGUGACAAUGGGUGAGAAUGAUGCUGCAGGAACUGUUACUGGGGUUCCUGUUUUCUGGAAUUUCCCUCUCAAUAUUCCAAGAUGA